GCACGUAUCUUAUUGUAAUAACAAAAAAGAAAAAAGUAGGUGAGAUUUUCAGUCAUGCAAUCUGGAAAGCAACGGACUUUGACAUCCUCUCCUACAAAAAGACCAUGCUGCACUUAACUGAUAUUCAGUUGCAGGACAAUAAAGUGUUUUUAUCAAUGCUUAAUCAUGUCUUGAGCGUGGAUGGAUUUUACUUCUCAACAACAUAUGACCUAACCCACACCCUGCAGCGGCUGGCCAACACAAGCCCAGAGUUCCAGGAAAUGAGCCUCUUGGAGAGGGCAGAUCCACGGUUUGUAUGGAACGGACAUCUUCUUAGAGAAUUUGCUGCUCAGCCAGAGAUCCAUAGGUUUGCUAUGCCGGUGAUGCACGGAUUUAUCACUAUGCACUCCUGUUCUAUUAACGGCAAGUGUUUCGACUGGCUCCUUGUUUCCAGAAGAAGCUGUUUCAGGGCUGGUGUACGCUACUACGUAAGAGGUAUUGAUUCAGAAGGACAUGCUGCUAACUUUGUUGAAACAGAACAAAUUGUGCAUUACAAGGGGAGCAAAGCAUCGUUUGUUCAGACCCGUGGAUCAAUUCCUUUUUUCUGGUCUCAAAGACCAAACCUCAAGUAUAAACCAAAGCCACAGAUCAGCAAGUCAGUGAAUCAUAUGGAUGGCUUCCAAAGACACUUUGACUCGCAAAUAAUUAGUUAUGGAAAGCAAAUGAUUGUCAACUUGGUUAACCAAAAAGGUUCAGAGAAGCCUCUUGAGCAAACCUUUGCGAAAAUGGUAAACAGCAUGGCAAACGGAAUGGUCAGAUAUGUAGCAUUUGACUUUCAUAAAGAGUGCAGUCGGAUGAGGUGGGAUCGACUUCAGAUACUGAUGGAUCAACUAGCAGAACAGCAAGAUGAGUUUAGCUAUUUUCUAGUUGACUCCGAUGGCAAAAUUGUGACUCUGGAAGGAAUAUUCCGCAGUAACUGCAUGGACUGCCUUGAUCGGACCAACGUGAUUCAGAGCUUGUUAGCACGCCGAUCUCUUCAAGCCCAGCUUCAGAGGCUAGGUGUCCUGCAUGUUGGACAGAGAAUUGAAGAGCAAGCAGACUUUGAAAAAAUCUACAAAAAUGCAUGGGCUGAUAAUGCCAAUGCUUGUGCCAAACAAUAUGCUGGAACUGGUGCCUUAAAGACAGAUUACACAAGAACUGGGAAGAGAACUCAGUGGGGCUUAAUAAUGGAUGGCUGGAACUCAUUAAUACGCUACUACAAAAACAACUUUUCUGAUGGAUUUAGACAAGAUGCGAUUGAUCUUUUCCUUGGAAAUUACUCAGUGGAUGAAGUAGAACCUGCUAGUCCUCUACAUGUCAAGAAAGAUUGGAAGUUCUUAGCUUUGCCUAUUAUUAUGGUGGUUGCUUUCUCCAUGUGCAUUAUUUGUUUGCUAAUGGCUGGUGAUACAUGGACUGAGACACUGGCCUAUGUGCUUUUCUGGGGAAGUGCAAGCUUUGGAACAUUUGCCAUCAUCCUUUACAAUGGCAAGGAUUUUGUAGAUGCACCCAAGCUGGUCCAGAAAGAGAAGAUGGACUGAAUUUGUGUGUGUGGAAAGCGGCUUGGUACCGAGGAUUCCUCAAGCCACACCUGGAGUCUCUACUGACCUGCUUUCCACACCGGACAGUGGUCUUGUUAACUUUCU